AUGUUUUAUCUUUUUAACGUCAAUCAAGGGUGUGCACAGCACUUGGAGGUCAGUGCUGCCCUUGGUAGUGUUCGUGAUUUGCAGCGGGUGAUUGAAGGAAUUACAAAUAUUCCGGCACAAGAGCAGGUACUUUUAAUAAAUGGAGGUGAAGGUCUGCAUCCGGAUCGUCCUGUUGCUUUUUACCAAGGAUGUGGAACAGACUCAAAUCCUGUCUUUUUGUUUUAUAAGAUCCCUGAUGGCGAAAAACUAAACAUCAUUUCUUCGGAGUAUAUGGAAAUAACGCAGUCAUGCCAAGAAUUGGGGAGGAAGAUGAAGGUUUAUGAAAGCGCGGUACCCGACUCCGUGCUUGUGUCUCGGUAUAUCGGGUUGGCCUGUACUGAGUAUCAAAUAACGGAUAAUGCUUACCAGUUGUGCAACCGAAUUAACCAGGAGCAUCAGUUUCUUUACCAGGGUUGGUUGGCACUUAUGUCUAACUAUGAUGACUGCCAAAGUCAGAUUAAUAGACGAGUAGGAAAAUUUUUUGCUCACUGUGAAAAAAUGAAGACUAUGAAGGAGAAAGCACAAAUGGUUGUUCAGGAUUUUGAUACGGCUUUAGAUCUGAUGAAAAAGAUUAAGAUUCCAGCAGCCCUCUUAGAAAGAUCCACAGGGUUAGAAGUUGGUAAAAAAUAUGAUGACGAGUCUACUUUGUAUGAUUUUGUUGCUGCGGCUGAUCCGAAAAACUCACUUCACGAUGUUGUCGCAGGAGUUUUAGAUUCUAUUGCACAGAUGGACGAUAGUGCAUAUAAAGAAGUGGAGUCACACGUAGAAGCUAUGAAAGGAAGUCUCGCCAAGUCUAAUUGGCAAGAGAUAGGUGGAAUUAAUGGGAGGUUUGAGCAUCUUAACAACGAACUUCGCACAUUAGAAUUGCGUACGACUCAGAUGAAGAAGAUUUCUGCAUUGAUGUCUCAAAAUGAUGCUAGUGCUUCAACUUCUCCGAAAGAUCUUGUGACAAAACAACGGUUGCAAAUGGCUGAGGUUCUGAAGUGUAAUGAUUAUGUAUUCAACACGCUUAGAUCUUUUAUGAGUUCCAAACAGGAAAUACUGAAUAAUAUACGUGAGAGGCUCUCAAAAUUUGCUUUGAAGGCUUAUGAUCGACUACAUGUACUCAAUAACGCAGUAACUGUCUACGAGGAAAAGUAUACUGGAUUGCGAAAUAGGCUGGAUAUUAUUAGACAAGUUAAGGAAUCACCUAAUGUUUAUAUGGUAGCAGUUGCAGAGACUGUGCGCAGGAGCGUGCUACAACAGGAGUUUAUGUCAUGGUUUUCAAAGUUUAUGGAGAAAAGUCAGAAGCUGGUUCGAGAGGAAACUUCUUCACGAGAUGAGUUUGCUGGCAAACUAGAGCAUCAUUUUUUGAAACAACUUUUCCCGGGCUUAUUUGAUGCCUUCCCUGCUUUUGCACCGAAUCAACUUCCAGUUUUUGACCAAGACUUACCUCCAAUAGACGUCACUUAUGUGAGCUUCUUGAGACAGGGGAUUCCAACUCACGCCCACUUGCUGAAGAUAAACAAUCCUCGAAUUUAUCAUCGUUUGGCUAUUGGAGAGAUGCAGCCAGUUUGUACUUCUGCUGCUGUUAUGAAUAGGGACGAAUUGUUCACCACUCCUGGCAGUCAGAUUGCAUCUGCCGCAUUCAACAAACAAUUUCCCUCAAGCAACUGGUUGAGCGGAGAAGAAAAUGCUGAUUUGUCUCCGUCUAACGCGGUUUUUUUUGGGAAGUCUCCGACAUCGCAGCUUGGUUCUUCAUCAGAAUUCGAUAUAACAGGGUCUCCUUCAAAGCCAUUAAACUCGCUACCGUCGUGUGAAGUAUCAUUUCCAAAACAAGAAAAUAUUCCUUCAAGUGAAGUGCACGCUGUCGAAUCACCAAAGACGGUUCCCGUCAAAGUCCCAAGUGAUCGCGAUGCAAGUAUCAAACACUAUGAGUUCGAUUCUGUGACUCAACCAACAUCGAAGGCAAUAUGUGAACAUUUAAGGAAUACUCUGGUUAAAGUAAAGGAUAUUUCAGAGGCUCUCCAGUUGCUGCGGAAAUCCCAUAUGGACUUGAAAGAAGUUUUUCUAAGUGAGGCAGCGAAGGGAAUUACAGACAAAGUUGCGAAUUCUUCGCUUGUUGUUGAGGGCUCCUCAGCCGGACUCGGCCAAGGAGACUCUAGCGGCACUCAAAAUGGGGAAAGUGAAGUGAAAGAAAAGGAACUGCUGUCAAGGUUUGAGGAAGAAGUGAGAGAUAAGAUUAAAAAAGUCAAAGAGGAGACGGAAAACAACUGUAAAGUGCAAUAUGAAAUUGUACUGGAAUGUGAAUUGAAGGCGGCGAAAGAGGAGACAGAAAACAGGUGUAGGCAAGAGGCGUCCGAGAACUUGCAAAAAGAACUUGACAGGUUAAAAGAAAAUGUUGAGAAGGAAUGUGCUGAAAGGCAUGAAAAAGUGUUGGCUGAAAUGGUUGAAAAAACGAGGUUGGAAACAGAAAUAGAGGUUACUGCUAAAAACGAGCUAAAGUUCAAAGAAGAGUUGGAGAAAAGGAAAGGUACUGAUGUUACUAAAUAUGAGGAGGAAUUAAGGCUGGCCAAAGAGGAAAUUGAGAAGCAGUAUUCCGAACGACUUGAGAAGGAGUUAACGCAAAGAAUUCAGGAUUUGAAACAAGAAAUCGAAAAUGCGUAUCAAAUUAGGUUGGCUGCUGAAGUCGACAAAAUGAAGAGUGAAAUAGAAAACAAGUGUAAUAAGAAGUACGAAGAAAAGAUGCUACAAGAUUUGGAGAGUGCCAAGGCUUCUGUGAGGAAUGAUUGUUCUGUUAAAUUUGCUUUGAAGUUGAAGGAAGGGUUGCAGAAGGUUAAAGAAGAGACAGAAAAAGAGUGCUUGUCGCACUACAAAAAAAAGUUUCAAGAUGAGGUUGAGAAAGAGUGUGGACGUCUCAAAGAACAUUUUAGAAUUGAUUAUGAAGAAAAGCUGAAAUUAGAGGCAGAGGCUGCAAAGGCGGAAAUGGACGAAAAAGCUGCGGCAGCCAGAAAUAAAAAUGAAGAGGAACUUUCCCAGUAUAAAGAAGAGUUUGAGCGAGAAAUCAAAGAAAUCCAGCUUGAGACUAAAGCAGAAAUUGCAGCGCUACAGGAUAAUUUUGCAGAAGCGAUAAGGGACCAAGGGCAGGAAAUUGGGAAACUCCGAUUAGCUCAAGAACGAGAUUCGGCUAUAAUUGAAAGGCUGUACUUCGAACGUGCAGAAAUUGCAAAACGAGUUUCUGAAAGUCGGAAAUGCAGUGCAGGAAAUGUAUCAGAAGCUGGUUCAUCUGUCCAACUGGAAAGUGUUUCUGAAGACAGAAAAUCUGCGUCUGAAAGUUCGUUAGAAAAAGGAAUUGAAGGAACGGGAGUUAUAGUGGGAAACGAGUUUUCGGACAAACGUAUAAACGAGCUUGAAGAAAUGGUCAGUUCUUUACAAAAGAGCCAUCUUCCUGCGCUAGCUUCAGAAAGUAUGAUAUCUAUGCGGGACAGUGUCUUAGAAGUUGGAGCAUGCGCGGCUAGUCCCUCUCACUUCCGAGGGAAUUCACCUGAAAAUGAAAACCCGAAUGAAGAGAAAAGAAGUGAUAAAGACGACGAGUUUCGGGCGAACAAUGAGCUUUUGAAGGAGCGCUCCGAAGAUGACAUAGCUGCACUCUCUGUAAAUACUCGAGCUGUACAAACGCGUCUUAGAUUAAGGGAUCUUCUGUUUAUGGUAAAGGUUCAGGACCUUCACGAGCUCUGUAGCGUUCUGAUCGUAUUCAGCGAGGUGAACCAAGCGUAUGUGUUGUUAUGUGUGAAUUCGACUCUUUAUUUUGUGAAGGAGACUAGCUUAAGAAGAUUAGGCUUGAAGUCCGAUGAGUCUGAGACGUUGCCAAAGAAGAAUUGGUUGUUAGGUGUGCUGACACGUAUGGAAUUAUGUCAGAUAAGGAAAACUAACAAUAGAUACAACUUAGCCGUUGGUACAAGGUUUUAUCGCGUUGAGGUCGAACCGCUAACGAUUAAUUCGUCAACCUCAUGUCGGCUGUAA